AUGGCCAGUCCACUGCUAGAUCUCCCUUUCGACCUAAUCCAUCCUAUCAUCGAAUACUUGACAGAUCGCACGGACUGGAAAUCGUGUUGUCUUGUUUCCAAAUCAUUCAAUAAAGUUGCUACUCCUCUCCUCUAUCAAACACUAGAUUCUCGUAUUAUUCAGUCAAAAAACCACCACAACUCGAAUAGUAAUACGAAUGACUUGAACACAAUCCUAUAUCACCCAGCUACCACUCUUCUCUCGAAACCAUCUCUGGCCCUACACGUCCGUCAUCUUACAGAAACAGGCGCUGUACAUCGUGCUCAUUUACCGAGAUAUGCGACAAUAACUGACGAUGCGCUAAAGGCUUUGGCGCUGUGUACGAAUUUGCACUCGUUCACCUGGAUGGAUGAUACGAUGUAUGGUCCAACUAUGGGCGCAUUGGGUCCAGGUGGACGUGGGAGCAAUAUGACGAAGUCUCCGGGAGCGUUCUUGACGAAAUUCGUAGGGCUUGUACGGGGGAACGCCACAGAAGGAGGGAGUAAUAGUAAUGGACUACCACUACGCUCCCUCACCAUUCGUACACAUUCCGACCUCGGGACCUCCGUCUGGGAUUCGCUUAACACUCUUUCCGGUCUUACCCGAGUCUCCGUCUGGUCCAUGGACGGUCCUCCUCGUGUCCUUCAAGGCGGUUGGUCCAUCGUUCUCGGGCCGACUCUAGAGGAACUGGAGCUGGGUCGAUGUGCGGGUGUUCCGCCAACUAUACUGAUCACCGUCAUUUCCCAACUACCUUUAUUACGAAGUUUACGACUCAAAGGCGUAGCGAGCAACGCAAUUCUAAAUCUCCUCACAUAUCUUCCAAUACUGGACAGCCUCGAUGUCGAAUAUCUACCCUCUCAAACUCGGCUUUCUGCUAGGGACCAAGCGAGAUUGAUCAUGUUGCCUUCGCUGAAGACGCUCACAGUUCGGAGCAAUUCACGAAUAGACGCAUUUGAUCCUCUCAAAAUGUACGAUUGGGUCCGUCUGUUAGCGAGCAAGGAAGGUCUAGAAGCCUUCAAAUUACAUGCAUUCUCACUCUCUUUACCGCCUAACUCGCCUUCCUUUUCUUCUUCGUCUUUUCCCAAAUCACACUUUUUCCUACCAGAUGCUAGCUCAUACAACACAUUCUCAUUUCGUGAUCUUGGACAGACUCUUAUUCCACGUGGCUUUAUUCUUGACCUCGCGAGAUCACACUCUGCGUCGCUCAAAAGAUGGGAGACAGCGGAAGCGGGGGUCAUGAUGAUGGGUGAUGUCGAGUGUCUUUGUGUCAGUUUCCCGCGAUUAGAGGUACUAGAUUGUGCAGUUGGGCUUGAAGACGUGAACUCGAUAUACUACGCUAUACGCUCAGCGCACAACUUAACCACACUCAAGCUACAUAUCCAAUGGUUUCCCUCAUCUGCCUCCGCUGAAUCACGUUCCUCGCAUUACGUUCGGGUUGCAUCUCGGAAUUAUGGCGCUUCCCCAGACGCGGAUUCUAACUCAGAAGAGGUGAUAUCGCCCAACGGAAAUUCUUGGGCUAUCCGCAAGGACAAUUCACAUAUUGAUCUAUUGCAUGGCUCGAAGAAUAAUACUUCUGGACAUCGCCGCGUGUAUCACCCGACCGUGAAGAUGAAAAGGAACCUUUCUGACAUGGAAAUUCCUUCCGGAUCGAGCGACAAAUUUACUGCUGCUGACGCUAGAUCACUCAUGCUUCGUACAGAGGAUUCGAUUCUACGAACAAUCGCAGUUGGUGGGGUGCUGUACAGGGGAAAUUGGUUAGUAUCGUCAUUAAAUCCGGAGGAAGUUGAGUUCGUCGUGGCUUCAAAUGUGAAAGAUGCUUAG